CAUUCUUCCUCUACUUUAUAUUUGAUUUUUUAGCAAUUUGUAAUACUACUUGAUAACAUGUCUUCACAAAAGAGGGGUUCUAAUUGGAGUUACAAUGAAGAUGUAUUCUUGUGUAACUCUUGGGUGUCUAUUUCUGAAGAUGGUGCAGUCGGAAUCAAUCAAGCGGGCGAUUCAUUCUGGUCCCGAGUUCACAUGUUGUUCUGUCAAAAAGCAAAUACGACAGUUCGAACUCGGGAGGCUGUUGAAUCACGGUUCAAAGUUAUCAAUCAUCAGUGUUCGUUAUCGAAGGGGAGUUUGCGAAAGACAUUUGCCGCAAAAACAAUAUUUGUAAAUGACAAUCAUAACAAGGCCUUUAAGUUUGACCAUGUUUGGCAUAUACUUCAAGCAUCUCCGAAGUGGUAUCAACAAUAUGAUACUACUCUCACUUUGAAGCAAGGGGAGCAAAUGGAAAAGAGAAGAGAGGAGAGGUAUGAGGCGGUGAAGGAGAAUGCUGAUGCGACUACAAGACUGAGACAUAUAGAUGUCGUAACCAUGGACCUAAGUCAGUACUCACCGAGGAAGCAAAAGUGGCUAAAAGAACAACAAAAUGCAAUUUUGGGCUAUGAUCAAGAUGCCCCGAGUACCGAUGUCGCCACUUCCGCGUCUGGGGAUGACUACUUUCCUAGAUUUUACUAGGGCAUGGAUGGUGUGGUCUUUCAGUUUUCUUUUUGUUAUUUAAAUCCAGUGUAUUUCAUUAAUUGUUUUUAUUAAAAAGUUUGAAUAAACCACCACUCGCCUUAUCCUAUCACAUCUAAUAAGUACCAACUUGGUUGUUCAUUGCACGUGUAAUUAGUAGCCACUUGCUAUGUC